AUGGCAUCCACGGGCAUGCAGAUAUUUGGAUUUGUCCUGGCGCUGUUGGGCAUCAUGGGUGCCAUGGUGGCCACCCUGCUGCCCAACUGGAAAGUCAGCGCGGACGUGGGCUCCAACAUCAUCACGGCAAUCUCGCAGAUGCAGGGGCUGUGGAUGGACUGCACCUGGUAUAGCACCGGCAUGUUCAGCUGCACGCUCAAGUAUUCGGUGCUUUCACUUCCUGCAUACUUGCAGACUGCUCGCACCACCAUGGUGCUCUGCUGCGUGCUGGCUGCCAUGGGCCUCUGCCUUGCUUCUCUGGGACUGAAAUGCACACGCUGGGGAGGUGGACGGCGCUCCAAGCGACACGCCGCCAUAGCCAGCGGGGGGUGCUUUGUCACUGCUGGCUUUCUUUGUCUGGUGCCUGCUUCUUGGUUUACAAAGGAGGUCAUCACAAACUUCUUGGACUCCAGCGUGCCCGAGAGCAAUAAGUUUGAGCCUGGGGGUGCCGUGUAUGUGGCCUUUGUUUCAGCAGGUUUUCUUUUUGUGGGGGGGUCCAUAUUCUGCAUGUCCUGCCCGGGGAAGAGGCACGGCCCUCAGGACCUGGUUCUGCUUCCUCCGCCGGACAAACUGCUGCUCCAGCAGCAGCAACAGCAGCUGCUCCAGCAACAGCAGGAGCUCCAGCACCAGUACUGCUCUCUGUCCCCCUUAGACAACAAGACUGGCUACAGCCUGCAGGAUUACGUGUAAUAAAGCAGCAGCUGUAGGGAGCCAAGCCUGAGGAAGAAAACGUCACACUUAAUGCUGAACAUUGGGCUUUACUCCAAACUGAAGUGGAAAAGCAAUAAGAGGAGGGCAACAACUUUGAAUUCAUUUCUGGCUCCUUUUAGUCUGUUUUGCAAGCACAAGUGGUGGAGGUAUUCCCUGUGCAGCGCCUUUGAAAGAAACAGCGCAAAUGUGUAAGGAGGCAGGAUUCGUGCUGCAGAACUGAAGGAAGCUCCCAACUAAAUGCAGAUUCUUCAUCAGUAAAUCACAGAAAAAGCUCUCCGGGGAAUGGAUUACGCAAAUAAGGAAGCCGUUGGUGAAGAUUUCCCCCCUCCUCACCAAAGCUUUGAAUAGAAAGAAAAUAAGCAAUCGUUUAGCUGCUAUUUACAAUCGUUCAUAUCGAUAGCCCCCUCCCUUCCCAUAUUUGACUAAAUAGGCAAUAUAAAACAGAGAGCAGAAAGUAAAACCUCUUCCAUAGUAAGCCAUUUUUUUUUUUGCCAUACAUAUCUGCUAGAAUGCAACCUUGAAUUGAUUGAAAUUUAAAAAAGGUGAUAUUUGUGUUAGCUUCUAAAAGGAUGUUGAUAUUUUUGCCUCUAAAGCAUGCCGUGUGGAGCCUGUCUGCAUAUUAGUAGAUUGGAAUGCCUGGUAGAACGACUGAACCACACAUUGCCUGUGCCUGAAAACAAAGCUGUAGAAACAUUAACCCUGCUGGAAGUUUUCAAAGAGGACUGUCAGGAGGAAAGGAAGUGGGGCUGCUGGGCUGCAUCUAACAAAGAAGACAUGGGCAACCAAACAGAUGCCCGCGUUUCACUCUGCAGGUGGAAAUAUGAGAGAAAGGGAGAGAAAUUUUGCAGGAAAGACAUUCACCGCUUCAGCAGAGUGGACGUUUUCAUAUUCUCAUACAGACACAAUCAACCUGUGUGUAAGCUGCAACCUUCCCCAUCAAAAAUCCAUUGAAGACAUUUACACCCACACCAGUAAACAUUCAGAGGCUUCUCGCAUGUGCUUUUCACUCUCGUCGACCGCCUCUUCACUGCCAUGGAGACAGAAUUCCCAUUUAAAUAUCUUUAUUAUCCGUCAGUCACAGAAGUUCUUUCAGAAGGGGCAUCCUAUUAUGCCGUCAAGCCCCCUGCUUACAGUUUCUUCAGAUGCAUCUCUGGUUAAAGCUUUUAAAAGACGUUCUUCUCUGCAACCAUUUUUUACAAUGUCCUCAUUGAAGCAGACAUUUAAUGGUUCAGCAUUGCAGGGGGAUGUUUGAAAACGAGAACGGGAGGCUCCUUGGGUCAAGUGGAUAGCUGUGUGGCAGACGACUAAAAAAGGUUUGAGUCAUUCCGCAUAUGUGACUUGUUUUCCAAGUGCGUCAGCAGCAGUGCGCAUAUGUUACCAGUUUCACCUGCAGAAGCUCUCCGUCUUAAGUUGCGUCCACUUCAUUAUCCCACUAGCCACACCAUUCCUUGUGUCCCACCAGUCGCUCCUAUUCUUUUCUCUCUCCAACUCGUUCACCCUGGCCUGUUUGUGUCAGCUGUCACAUGGAUGUGAUCCCUGACCGGAGAACGCUGAUGCAUGCUGAAAGCGUGUCCUCCUCAAAUGCACAUCCACACCAGGCACAAAUAAACAGAACUCUUCUUCCCCACCCACACCUGCCUAAUCAUGUGUCAGUUGCAGGGCUACGCUUUCAUGGUUAUAUUACAGGGAGAGUCUUCACUUUGACUUGGAGGGGAGGAAUAUUGUGUUUGUGCAUGAAGCAGGCAGGGAUGUAUAGAACUGCACAUUCUCUCCUUUUCUCUCAUAAACAUGCAGCUUCCUGGGGGAGAGCAGAUGGCUGAGCCCAGCCUGCCACCUGCAGGCAGCUGCCAGCACACCACAGGCACCUCAGUGGGCACCGCUGGCAACCAUGGCAGCCCCGUAGGGCCAAAAGUGGCACGACUCAGAACUGCCCACCUGACAGUAACCCACUGCCCAGGCACCACAGCUGAUAAAUGCAAUACAACUAGUAAAGAAUGUGCCAUGUCAUCAGCUAAUACUGACACGUUAUGUGUUUGAGAAUGUGCCAAAUUGUCUCAUAAUGACGAAUUUUAAUAUUAUCUGGAGUUUUUCUGUUUAUUUUUCUAUGAAUUUUACAUUUGAAAAUAUAUGAUUUGGGAUUUGUUCUGCCAGAAUAGAUGCUUGUGUACAGUCAUUUGCAGCUUUCGAGGGUUAUUUUAAAUCCUCCUUAUUCCUCAUUCCCCUCAAAGCACAGCAAGACUCCACAGAGUCUGAGCCAUUAAUGACUACAGUGCCGUGUAAAAGUAUUCCCUUUAACCCCUUUAUCUACAACCACAAACUUCUAUGUAUUCUAUUGAAAUUGUAUUUGAUAGACGAUCGUAGCAAUAUCACAACUGCAUAGAACAGCUGAGAUGCAAUAUUUCUGUAGCUACCGUAAUUGAUAUUGUCAAUGUAGUAUUCAGUAAUAGUAGCACACUUGCAUCUUUUCCUGUUUUUGUGAAGCCCUACUGAGCCUUAACCAGUAAAGCAGCCAAGAGGCCAAUGGUAACUCGGAGGAGCUGCAGAGACCCCCAGCUCAGGUGGGAGAAUCUAUGGAGAGGGAAAAUAUAAAUCAUCCAUUACACAAAGCUUUAUCUAUAGUGGCCUGAAGGAAACCAUUAGCAAACCAGUUUGUAGUGUGUAAGCCAUUGAUACAUUUUUAUAUGGAAACCAUUUUUCUUCAGAAUGAUGUACCACUUCAUGUUAGUUUAUUACAAGAUUAAAUGCAUGGAAGUUUCUGGUGUGAUGGGAUUAAAAAACGGGAAAGACUUCAUGGGGUAUAUGAUUACAUUUUCAAGGCACUCCUAGUGUUGGACUUUAAAAACGUAUUGAUAUCAGGAAAUCUGGUCUGUGACAACUGUACACAAGUGUCUGAUUUUAAGGAUUGUGUUCCUUGUUUGUUUGGAGGACUCAUCCUUCAGAUUGUUUCAGUGUAAGAUAAAACACCAUGGCCAUGCCAUAUCUUCUUUAUAAGAAGACUACUCAGUGCACUUUUAAUUUGUUUUACUAUUUGACAGCAGUUUGGUUCAAAUAAACGAGUAUUCCAGGCUCUCUGGACCAGUAUGAACACAUAACACAAGAGUGGGCACUCUGGACAAAUAAAAGUGAGCAAUUUCCGUCUGAUGGGAUUCAGCAGGGAAAUACCAGCUAGAGAUUUCUCUCCUUUUAGUGGCUGUGCAGCUUAAUCAUCAGCACGCAAUUUUAUUUGCUUAUAAAUGGCCAGAGUGCAACGUGACUAGGUCCUUAAAGUCUACAGUUAUAACUCCUGCGUAAACUGUACAGAGAAGUUGGAUUUAUUUGAUAACCGCAGCUUAUUUUUGUGAAUGCUUUAGCACUUCUUACGUUGCCACAGCAUAUUUGUGAUGAUGAGCAGUUCACAAGUUCUGAUACAGUUGUCUCAAUGUGCUUGUGCAAGUAGUUCUAUUUUUUACCAAUAAAACUAUUUUGUGAAAGCUUA